AUGUGUCAUACACUAGGUGCACUACAUUAUUCCUUCCCUCUGAAGGCCCAGCCUCGCCAGACAUAUAGUACCCUGGAUGAAAUUCAGAACUACAUAAAUUCAGAUCGUAUGCUUUUGUGGCUUGCUAAUGUUAAUGAGCGUGGAAAAGCCGCAUGGCUUGAUCUCAUAUCAUCCUUCAUACAAGUAUACGACAUACAUUUAAAUAAUAACAUUGAUAUGAACACAUAUGAAGGUUACGUCAGCCACAUUGAGGUGCCACAGCUAUCUGAAUUAACAACUACAUUUUCCCCUGUAUAUUGUGCUACAAGACAUACACAGCUUAAGAAUGAAUGUUAUUGUUAUUGUUAUUGA